AGGCAGGUUGUCAGACUUCUCAUCCUUGGAAAGACAGGCCGGAGGCUUCCCUACGUCUGCGUCUGAUUUUUGAACCAAUUCUGCAAUGGUGCAAACCCCAAAAUCAAAGUUUUGCGUUGCUAUUUCGUUCACGUGUGUGUGUGGGGGUGGUGGACAAACUGAAUGACACGGAGGGAGAAGGAGAGAGGGCUCGCGCUCCCUCCCACCGCUCGUGCGCACCGACUGUGACUGCGCUCCCUCUUUUCCUACAUUCAAACAUGGCGAAACUCUUUGCCAUUAUACCACCACCAUCACCCUCACCCUUCUCCACUUCAUCGUCCUCGUCGCCGCCGCCAACAACGACAACACCACCACCACCACCACCACCACCAUCAUCAUCAUCGUCAUCAUCAUCUUCACUAUCAUCAUCACCAUUAUCUCCGUUACCGUGAUGACCCGGGAGGAUGGAGAAGUUGUCGGCGAGCCUGUCGGAGAUCACUUGGAGCCCGUUGGCGCUGCCGUUGGACGCGGUGGUCAGCAAGUUCCGUCUGCCUACUCUGGUCCGUCUGGCCCACGGUGAAUGUGUGGAGGGUCUGUCAGAGGAGGAUGUGGUGCUUUUACACUCCUGUCGUCAGUGGACCACAGUGACGGCCCACAGCUUGGAAGAGGGACACUACGUCAUUGGACCCAAGAUAGACAUCCCUCUGCAAUACCAGGGCAAGUUCAAGUUGUUGGAUGAAGACCGGGACGUCAGGGAUCCUGUCCAGUAUUUCUCCAGUGUGGAGGAAGUUGCUGGAGUCUUCCCUGACCGGGUCUUUGUCAUGGAGACGAUCACCUUUAGUGUCAAGGUGGUUUCAGGGGAGUUCAGUGAGGACAGCGAGCCCUACAGCUUCACUCUGCAGGCUGGAGAUGAGCUGUCACUCAUGGGGAAAGCGGAGCUGCUCUGUGCCACGCCCUCAAAGGAAAAGACGGGACUGAGUGCACUCCUGAGACGCCUGGGAAAGACUCCUAGAAGUAAAACUCCCUGCCUGGUCUGUAUGAACCAUCGCACCAACCAGAGUGUCAGCCUCCCCUUUGGCUGCCGUGGACGCUUUUGCACACGCUCCCCCCUGGAACAAGGCAUGCUGGGAGGGGAGCACACGGUACGCAGCAUAAUUGAGAGGGUUCGCCUCCCCGUCAAUGUGUCCGUACCUUCACGACCGCCACGAAACCCCUACGACCGCCAUGCGGUCCGUGAGGGCCACCGCUACAAGCUGCUCAACAUCGUCAGCAAGACGGUGGUGCUCUGCAUGGUACUCCGCCGACAGGAAGUCUCCCCUUCCCAUUUCCUGCUGCUGCGUUGCAUGCCCCGGUUUAAUGUGGCCGAGGCCUCCGUUCACACAGCGGCGCUGGAAAGCCUCCUACUGCGACACGCGUUCGACCCCGAUGCCUACUCUCGUGCCGUUAGAGAAACCCGGCCAGAGCUAGAGUGUAUGACAGAGGAGUGUGUGAGCCCGCGGCGCUCUCGCGUGUGUGUGUCGGGUCAGGACUCGUUGGCACCGGCACUGCAGCGCCUCUCAAUGUGCGGGUAUGGCGGUGGGGUUUCGGACAGCCUGUCACAGCGCUGUAGGGACUCUCUUGGGGAGAGACUGGGGGAGGGACCAGGUGAGGAGAGGGAGUAUGUGACUCCUGAGUGGACUGAGGCUGAAAUGAGGACCAGUGAGGAAAUCCCUUAUGAGGAACUCUGGACCAAUCAGACAGCAGAGGGCUUGGGGAAGGAGCCAAACCUCAUCUCCUUCCAUUCGUCUUCCUCAUUGGAUGGUUCUCUUGGUACCAUGGUGACAAGAGUGUCUACCCCGCCACCUGUACCUCCCAAAUCUGAUGCUGUGAGAGAGGAGUGUCGCUACUUGAUCGCCCCUCCGGUCCCCCCUCGCUGCUCUAAAGGGGGCUCUAUCUCCAGUCCGGCCCCCAGCCCCCCUGUCCCACCUCGCUUCCCAAAAACCUCCACUUCCCUGAGACAAAACCUCUCCUUCUACUCCUCUGGACUUCAGGACAGCUGCUCACCCUCUCCAGAUGCUUCCUUGUACUGUUACCCGUGCUCCUGGGCAGACUGCCCUGCCCCUAACCCUGCCAGUCCUGAGCCAGUCCCUGCCGUCCCCGCAGACAACACAGCCAAUCCUCAGCCGGCACAGGCCACCUGGGCAGAGCCGUGGGUGGAUUCCUUCACCUCCUCCGGACCCCGACUCAGGCCACCACCUCCACAGAGUCGAUUCGCUCCAUUUGGGGCGUUGAACCCCUUCAACCGCCAGUCCCCUUGCCCCUCGCCUGAGCCUGCUGCCAAUCCCCCGACAGAUUCCUCCAGAGGUGCAGAGGGCGGUGGGACGUCCACGGGGGUCACUGAAGGGUUGUCCCCGCCUCCUGACCCCACCUGGCGGCCUCCUGCUGACCUGUCUGCUCUGUCAUUGGAGGAAGUGUCAGCAUGCCUGCGGUUCAUUGGUCUAUCAGAGGGAGCGGUGGCAGUGUUCCAGAGGGAGCGAAUUGACGGCAGCCUCCUAGUGCAGCUGACUGAGGACAUCCUGUCACAUGACUUCCAACUGAGCCGACUCCAUGUCACCAAGAUCACACAGUUCAUACAGGGCUGGAGGCCCAAAAUCUAACACACGCACACACACACACACACACGCACACACUGUCCAGAUAAUGUGCCUGUCGGCUCCUGAGCCUUCCUGAACGUGCCUUCCACUGUGACCAACUGGCUGCUGAGCCCCACCGACUGAGCUGAGACUUUGCUGAAGGAAACCACGCCAUCCUGUGGUCAAACUGUAGAACCGACACUUGACCGGCUCUCACGCCAAGAGUUUCAGACAGACUGACUGCAUAUUUCCUGUCUGAAUCACAGACUGGGACUAGUUUACUAACAAAUGGCUACAGCAGAGAGCUACAUGAUGAAAGUGCCCCAUUUGGUAUUUGGGGCAGAUAGUCAACCACAAUACAUCCUCAUGCUACCAAACAACAGAAAGGUUUUAAGCACUACUUACAUUUGUGCUGCCUCCCUGCUGUUGUCCGUCAUAAAACCUGACAAGAGGGGAAAACAUGCCUUCAUUUGACAUAAAAACACUAUGACAAAUCGACAGAAUUCCUGCAGUAUCUACGCAUUUCAUAAAUUACACCACAGUUGGGGUUUGAAGUGAGACGGGCGGUAAGGGAUUCACAGUCUCUCUUUGUUGACCAGUACGAGAUGUAACAACACAGAUGUAACAGCGAACCCGUCCCCUACACGAGCGUCUUGCGCAGCCUUCAUCAUCACUGAGCUUCAUUGGCAUGUAACUGGCAUAGAUAAAAGAGUGAGAGGUUCUCAGGAGAUGAGAAACAGCUAGUUGUUGAAAGCUAAAUAAAAAAAGAAAAAUCUAGAAAGUCUGAAAUCUUAGCACCCAAUUAAUCACUGAGUUUCCGGCACUGAUCAGUGAUUCAUUGAACCAUCUCAGAAUAUACAGAAUUUUGUAUCAAGGCCAUUUUGUGCUUUGGGACAGUGACAUUUUUAUUAAACCCCCUUUAAGGGUACCACAAGACGUCCUCUCCGUAGUCAGAUACACAGAUGUGUUGCCAUGCUACAAUCGAAUUUUUGAGUGCCUCACAAAUAGAGUUCUCAAAAUGUACCUCGGAUCACUUCUUCAGAUGUGCUUCAUUUAGCCAUGCGUAAUAAUAAAUGAAACUGCACUUGGUAGUAUGAUCACGUAGCCAUUUGGUUUUUACUCCUUCAUUACAAACACGCACACGGAUGACAGCUUGAAAAAAAAUACAGGUCCGGUGUAAACAAACAGUAUAAGAAAUGUCAGAAAAAUUUGGGGAAAGUUCCGCAGCCCCAUAAAAGAAGACACAAUUAGAAACUGUUGAAGGAUUACAACUGUUGCAUUAGAUAUUAAAAUAAUUGUCGUAGUUGUAAAGUUAUUAAAUAAUAAAAAGGAAUAAUUUAAUAGGAACAUUCACUUUCUGAAGUAAGUUGAAGGAAAUUUUGAUGGGUGCUUUUUUCUUAUUCUCUUAAAUUUCAUAGACCAAAUGAUUAACUGACUAUUCAAAAAAAUAAUUGAUAAUGAAAAUUAUCAUUAGUUGCAGCCCUACAUUUUCAUUUCUAAUUUGGUAUAUAAAUACCUCCAAAUCUGUACUGAAAAUAUGUGCAAAAUGCUACAGAUUUGAUCUGUUUAGGCUGAACACACACAGGCAAGACCCGAGUCUCUGGCCAGAUGUCUUCCAGGAAUAAAAAUGGUUGGUUCUGAAUGAAUCCAGACAUCAGAAGAUCGAAGGGCAGACGUUUGCUUCCAGCUCUUCAAAUUAAGUGGAAGCCUGCUCUGUGAAUUCUACACACAGUAUAUGUCCUGCUCAAUUAGGGGUAUAAACUAUGCCUCCAUACAAAUACUGAUGAUAAUAAUGUUAUAUAACCAGGGACUGUAGCCUCAGCUACACUGAGAAUUAUGUCAAGAAGCAAGAUCAUCCAAGUUAGACAGAUAACUGUGAAAAUGCAAUUUAUGUUGUUGUAAAUGUUAAAAUUAACUUGUUUAUUAGUUCUUACGAUUCUCUUGUUGCCAUACAAACUGCCGUCCUCUGAAAAUGUUUGAAAUAAUCCUCUUUAAAUUCCAUAUUCCCAAAAUUCCCGAAGGCUCCAUACCCCCCCC